AUGACGGAGAGCUUUACCUCUCCGCAGACUAGAGAACAAGUCAGACUGGAUUUUGCAGAGCGUGUCGAGCCUCGCGGUGAUGAUGCUGCUGAAAGGCGCGACGUCUCUGGCCGGCGCACAGCCGACUCGGAUAAAACCACGAGAGGCUCGAGGCCUUCCACAGGACGAACUCGGUCACGUCGGCGCCAACUCUUUCGGCGUAAUCUUCUUCCAGGGGUGCUUAGCCAGUCCCGAAAAGGCACGGAAUCUGAAGGACACGGAGCGGAAAACGCAGCUGACGGAGAAUUCUUCAUAUCCGAUGAGCGACAUCUUUACAACAUGGGUAUACACGUGAAGCAAGAGCUUAACCUGUCUCGUCUCGCAGCACUCGUGGUGACAAGCCCAGCGCCAUAUAGCAAAGAUCUCAAAGAGUCUGGGUCGAGUUGGCAGCAGGGGCCCAGCCCUACGCUUUCUGAUAAGCCUUCGCUGUCGGAGGUCUGUGGGGAGCAACCUUGGGGAGCUAUUCCAGAUGCCACUGAAAAAGCCUUGGAAAGGCUCUGCCUGUUGUGGAUCGCACGAAAAACAGGCGCAUCGGAAUCUUCUUCAAACGGGCUUCGGGCUGUGCUCAGCGACCCUAACGUUUUCUUGCAUAUUGCCGGAAUAGACGCUCCGUGCUCUGGAGAUGCACGGAAUUUGGACAGCAUGCGGCGGUGCAUUCAGCUCUUUCUGGAUUCUGCACGGAAUGCGGGGCUCGAUGCCAAUGCACUGUUUGAGCCAGAAGACGUUAUUGAAGGAAAAAAUCUGCACCUUGCGUGCAAAGUGCUUUGUGCUUACGCCGAAAAGACGGACUCGGAAGCAUUCACAGCUUGCAUGAAGCAAGUCGGUCUCCAAAGAAGGAACUAUGAGGAAAUCAUUCGCGGCUUUGGGAAUGAUUCGCGGCCAGGGUGCGCCACUGUAAAUCAAUUAGUGGACGUCGUUCGCGCGCAUUCUCCAUUUCGAGAUGCCACUAUUCUUUUCGCUGGCACGAUCGGUGCAGGAAAGUCUGCCACAAUUAACCGCAUUCUUGGAAGCCCUGUCGCACGAACCAACCACACCAUGGCUCUCAUACUAUCGGAUGAUGAGAUUUUAGAACGAGAUCCAGAGCAUGGGCUCGAAGUAAUAGAAGAGCGAUCGUAUGAACGUGAAAGGGAACAAAGAGCGCAUCCAAAUCGCAAGACUGAAUUCGUUCCUUCGCCGAACGAAAACGUUCUGAUUUAUCCUGUAGAAAAGGAAGGGAUGUCUCUGCGUUUGAUUGAGAUCCCUUCCUCUGAAAAAUAUUUUUACGAUGAAGCUGGGGAGGAUUCUAAGAAAUGGAGCCGCGCUGGAACAUGCGAGAGUGUCGCAGCUGCGCUUCGCGGUUUGGAAAUCGACAUUGUCUGCAUUAUAGAGCGACUGGAUUCGUACCGAUCCCAUUGUUUCAGGCUAGUUUUGGAGGAACUGAAGAGUCUCUUCGAUGGUGGAGUAUGGGAGCGAUGCAUACUGGUUUUCACACAUGGGUAUGCGCUCCCUCCAGAGGGCCUCACAUUUGAAGAGAAUCUUGCUAGAAGGAUGCAUCUUGCACAAGAGGAAGUACAUCGCGUAUCCGGUCGAAGGGAUAUAUUCAUUCCUGUCUGUGUAGUCGAAAACUCGGAGUCUUGUCCGCGGGAUUCGGCGGGUAAUUUGAUUCUUCCCAACGGGAUCUCUUUCCUCGAUCGUUUUGUGACCAUUGGUGAAAAUGUGUUUCUGAGAAACCGCGAUCGUCCUCGUCUGAAAGUGCGAUCAUUAGUGCCAUCACACGUCCGAGUGCGUCACAUCGGUUUCAUUUUAUCAUCCGUCUUGAUUCUUCAGAUGCUCAGAAAUGGACCCCAAGAUGGCAGAGCAAAUCCGCUGGCACGCGACAAGGCAUUCUUGCCGGCUUUUUAG